AGCUAAGUAUCCUCAGUAUAUCAACUAGACAGCUGAGAAUAAAGAGCUAAAACGGCAAUGUAUUUGCUCCGAAUGUCUUAAAUACAUAGUACUUCCAAACGCCACGUCGACAUGAUAAGAUUUUUUUGUCAAACAGCUGAGUGACAUGUUCUACUCACUUUGCUAACGUUAGCUGCUAACAGGCGUUCGGAGCGGUUCCUCUUGCUUUUUCCGACCAACUUUGGAACAAGGUUAAAGAUAAAUUGUCGGCUCGCCGCAGGUCGGGACAUCGUUACUUUAAAGCGUUUAGGUUUAGAUCGGCCAGCUGCCGGUGAAAUGGCUCCAAAGAAAAAGCCCGUUCCGCUGAACAUAACGCCGAUCGGAGAAGGACAGGCCACCGCCAACAGCCUGGACGCUGCGUCCGAAGCCAACCUCGAGGCCUUACAGAAGAAACUGGGUGAGCUUGACUUGGAUGAACAGCAGAGGAAACUGGAAGCCUUCCUCACACAGAAAGCUCAGGUCGGGGAGUUGAAGGAUGAGGAUUUUGAACUCAUUUGUGAGCUGGGUGCUGGUAACGGAGGAGUAGUUGGCAAGGUCCGCCACAAACCGUCAGGAUUGGUCAUGGCUCGGAAGUUGAUUCACCUGGAAAUCAAGCCUGCCAUCAGGAACCAGAUUAUCAGAGAGCUGCAGGUGCUCCAUGAAUGCAACUCCCCCUACAUUGUGGGAUUUUAUGGGGCCUUUUACAGCGACGGAGAAAUCAGCAUCUGUAUGGAGCACAUGGAUGGUGGAUCCUUGGAUCAAGUCCUGAAGGAAGCCAGAAGAAUCCCAGAGGAAAUCUUGGGAAAAGUUAGCAUAGCUGUAUUGAGGGGGUUAGCCUACCUGAGGGAGAAGCACCAGAUCAUGCACAGAGAUGUCAAGCCCUCCAACAUCCUGGUCAACUCUCGUGGGGAGAUCAAGCUGUGUGACUUUGGUGUGAGCGGCCAACUCAUAGAUUCCAUGGCCAACUCCUUGUGGAACGCGCUCGUACAUGUCGGCCAUGGCUCCUGCCCGACAUUUUGGCUCUACCUGCUCUCCUCUGACGUAGUUUCUGUGUUUGUCAACAGCCGGAGAGACCUGCAGGGCACUCACUACCUCUGUUCAGUCAGACCGUGUGGAGCAUGGGUCUGUCUCUGGUGGAGCUGGCAAUUGGCCGCUACCCCAUUCCCCCACCAGACGCAAAAGGAACUGGAGGCCAUCUUUGGAAGGGCAGUUCUAGAUGGAGCUGAGGGAAGCCUUACAUCAACAUGCAGAGACCCAGACCACUGGCAGGCCCGAAGCGGUAUGAAACGUGACACAAAUGCAAAAACAUGGGUGACCUUCAAGAAAAAAAAGGGCAGAUCUGGAGCUAAUAAGUUUGUUACAGAGAAACAGGUGUCUGCUUCAUCACUCUGA